AUGAUCCUGCAGAACGUGCGGGACUUGCCGUCGCUUUACAAGUUCAUAUGUUCAUCUUCGCAAGUUAAGGAUGCAUUUGACUUCGACCCUGCGCGUAUUUUAGACGAAGUUAUUGAUCGCUCAAUACCGCAUUUCAAGCAUUUAGCUCGCAUGAUUAGCAUCAUGGGCACGCUUAACAUCCAAAAUGGUCCUGAUAUCCAAUCAUCAGACCUAUCAUCCCAACCGACUUUCACUGCGUUGAUCGAUAAAUUCAAAUCUCUACCAAAAAAAGUGCUUAGAACUGCUCUACCGUCAUAUGCAUUUGCUACUAACACGCUGGGUCCUCGCUAUCUAUUGCUAACAGCUUACCGCAUCGAACAUCUCUUCCAUAUCUGUUUCGUCACUCUUCUUCAAAACAUCCAUGAGCUGAUUUUCGAAAGUGGGCCGGGCCCAGAUCGUAAAAGCUCUCGGCCUGGGAUUUUCUUUGAACCUGCAGCUUGGUGGUCUCCAUCAUAG